CUUGAAUGUAUUGCCAAGGAGAUUGAAAAAACUCCAUGUCGGCUUGUCACGAAUCAGACUUGUGUUUGCAACGAACGUGACUUCUACAAGCGCGUUGAAACUUGCGCAGUGGCAGACUGUACCCCUAUUGAUGGGAUAGCGGCACAAAAAGCCAAGGCCGACUUUUGUAACGAUCCCAUCCGGUCACAGGUUUCCUUUCUUUAUGCACUACGCUCGUUUGAAGUCGCCGCUUGGCUUCUCGUAAUUUUCCGCUUCUACGCUCGCUGGAUCACACAGCAUUCUUUCGGAUGGGAUGAUUAUAUCAUGAUGAUAGUUGCGCUCUUUUAUGUCCAGGAGCCACUCUACUUUACCCAAUUAGCCCUCACAAAGAUGUCUAUCUUGUUCCUAUAUCUUCGUAUCUUCCCCGGCCGACGAUUCAGAAUUUUGACGUACACCUUCAUGUCUUUCGUUGCUGGUUCCACGGCUGUCCUCGUCUCCCUGUCAAUAUUUGAGUGCUGGCCUGUUGGAUACUUUUGGGAAGCCUGGAACACAGAAUAUCUCAUUCAUUCCAACAAGUGUUUGAAUCUUACUUUAGGAGCAUUUGGCUCCGCAAGUCUCUCAAUCUUUCAAGACAUCGUCAUGAUUGCCCUGCCUAUACCUCCUCUCCUGAAAACUCAUUUACCGAAGAAGGACAAGGUAGCAAUAUCGUCACUUUUCUUUUUGGGCCUCCUUAUAACAGCUGCCAGCUGCGUCAGGCUCCAGUUCAUCAACGUGGCUUACUCACCAAACCCUUUCUGGGAUUACGAACCCGCAUUGUUAUGGUCCCUCGUUGAGCUAGCCAUUUCAUUCCUUGUAACAAGCCUGCCAGCGUUGUACACCUAUUACAACAGCAUAGCCAGGCCUCGAGUAGUGGCUUACUUCAAGACGCGGCGCGAUCGAAAGACCUCUCAACAAAGCGAUAGCGGAGAGCAAAGCUACCUGCCGUCACGGUUGCCAUCCGGCCCAGAGUCCUUAGGACAGAACCAUCGCCGUAGUGGCAUGAUCUCCAGGUUGGCUUUUAGUCCUGUGUCAUGGGAUCAAGUCGGCGAUUGCGCCUCCUCACAUCGACUAGGGGACCUUCAGUCAAAUACAGAGGAGAUAUUCGCAGUCUCCCAAUUCGAUAGCGAGGUGGUCUCCACCGAAUCGUCGAAGAUAGAACCUACUAAGUUCGGAGAUGACAUCCCUCAACCGAAUAUUCAUUACAGUUGUGAAGAAGACAAGCUCGAUGAUAUAGAGGCUCUGGCUUGGCUAGGUCGGCGCGAAAGACUCGCAUCAGAAGCAGCAGCCGUACGCUUAGAUGCCGAAGCUCGUCGUAUCAGCUGA